AUGCUUUCACGAGAGCGGUCAGACGAGGGUCACCGCCUCGGCAACGCCACGGGCGACCGGGUGUGGUUGCGGGAGGACGAGCAGUAUCUGCCGAGCACCGUGUCCUCUUGCUCCGGAGGCGUCGUCGUCUUCGCCACGGACUAUGGCCAGGUCUACACCUACAAGCAGAACGCUCUGACCCGGCAGAAGGUGCAGCCCAUGCACCACAGCAGCGUGAGGGGGGUGGAGGACAUGGCCACGCUGGAGGAUCUGCACGACGGCGCCAUCAUGCACAACCUGGCCCUGCGGUACCAGCAGAGACACAUCUACACGUACAUCGGCUCCAUCCUGGCGGCGGUGAACCCGUACCAGUCCCUGCCGGGCCUGUACGACCGGCCGGCCGUGGAGCUGUACAGCCGCCACCACGUCGGGGAGAUCUCCCCACACAUCUUCGCCAUCGCCAACGAGUGCUACCGCUGCCUGUGGAAGAGGCUGCAGAACCAGUGUGUCCUCAUCAGCGGGGAGAGCGGAGCGGGAAAAACGGAGAGCACCAAGCUGAUCCUGAAGUUCCUGUCGGCCAUGAGCCAGCACUCCCAGGAGGCCUCGUGCCGAGACCGGACGUCCCACGUGGAGGAGGCGCUGCUAGAGAGCAGUCCCAUCAUGGAGGCCUUCGGGAACGCCAAGACCGUCUACAACAACAACUCCAGCCGCUUCGGGAAGUUUGUGCAGCUGCACUUCAGCCAGAAGGGAAACAUCCAGGGAGGCAAAAUAGUGGACUACCUCCUAGAGAAGAACCGGGUGGUGCGGCAGAAUCCAGGGGAACGGAACUACCACAUCUUCUACGCCGUGUUGGCGGGAGCCAACAGCCAGCAGAGAGAGGCGUUGGGGCUGACCCAGCCGGACAGCUACCACUACCUGAGACAGUCCAGCUGCCCGGAGGACCGGACCCUCAACGACCAGGGAACCUUCCAGGACGUGCUAAGCGCCAUGCGGACCAUGCAGUUCACGGAGGAAAACAUCGGCGAGGUCCUGCGGCUCCUGGCGGCGAUUCUGCACGCCGGCAACAUCGAGUUCAUGACGGCUGGCGGCGCGCAGGUCUCGUCUAAAUCAGCGCUGAGCCGGACGGCAGAACUCCUGGGGCUGAACCCGGACCAGCUGGCCGAGGUCCUGACACACCGGUCCAUGAUCCUGCGGGGAGAGGAGAUCUCCACGCCGCUCACCGUGGAGCAGGCGGUGGACUCCCGGGACUCCAUGGCCAUGGCUCUGUACGCCCAGUGCUUCAACUGGACCAUCCACAAGCUCAACAGCAGGAUCCGGGGCCGGGACGACUUCAAGUCCAUCAGCAUCCUGGACAUCUUCGGGUUCGAGAACUUCGAGGUGAACCGCUUCGAGCAGUUCAACAUCAACUACGCCAACGAGAAGCUCCAGGAGUAUUUCAACAAACACAUCUUCUCCCUGGAGCAGCUGGAGUACAACAAAGAGGGUCUGGUCUGGGCCGACAUCAACUGGAUGGACAACGGCGAGUGUCUGGAUCUCAUAGAGAAGAAACUGGGCCUGCUGGCGCUGCUGAACGAGGAGAGCCACUUCCCCAAGGCCACCGACGGCACCUUACUGGAGAAGCUGCACAGCCAGCACUCGGUGAUGCUGCUGCAGGUGAUUCUGCUGCAGGUGAUGCAGCUGCAGGUGAUGCUGCUGCAGGUGAAACUGAAGGUGAUGCUGCUGCAGGUGAUUCUGCUGCAGGUGAUGCUGCAGGUGAUGCUGCUGCAGGUGAUGCUGCUGCAGGUGAUGCAGCUGCAGGUGAUGCUGCUGCAGGUGAAACUGAAGGUGAUGCUGCUGCAGGUGAUGGUGUAG